UAGUCAUAUAGUAUUAGUUUAGGUUGAUGUUAUAUAAUUGCAAUUUUAAUUAGACUUGAUUUUUCAAGAGUUGAAUUCAUUAUUCUUUUUUUUUAUCAAAGAGUUGAAUUCAUUCUAGACUCGAGUUUUAAACUCAAGAAACUUGAACAACACUGCACAAAGGCUUACAUGUCAUUACCAUGCAUGGCUUGGGCCUUGUUAUGAAUGAACUUUAAACAUUCCAAGAUCAGGUCAUUCUUUUUAGGUUUUACGUUGUUUCCAAUACACAACAAACAUGAGGAAGACUUGUUUCUUCAAAAUCAACAUGUCUCACAAAAUUUAUUAAUCAAAAUUUUCUGCCAAACUGUUCAUUACAAUAUUAUGCCCCACGCAUAUAUGUUGUAUCUCAUAUGGUAAACAUGAUAGUACAGCCAGCAAAUACUGAAACAAACAUACGUAAUUAAACAAAUCUUAGCCAAUUAACCAGAAUAUGUCCAGAAUCUUUACACACCCCAUGGAUUUUCAUCAGAAUUCAAACUGGAAUAACUUUAGUGACCAUUCGAAGCACGAAGACAUGGGCACUAAGGCAUAUAUGACAAAGUAAGGAGGUUAUAAAACAAUUUACGAGUGGUCGUUAGUUGGUUAAGGUGUACUAUUGAUAGUUUGUAUUAUAUAUACCACACACACUAGUUUAUUAUGAAUAAGUAUUGUUCACUUCAUAUACGUAUAAGAGUAUGAUCAGAAGAAAACGACGAGGGUUCCAAUAAUUGUUGAGUAGCCGACAAAAAAUCCCGAGAGACACGUUUCAGACAGUUUAUAGAAUCACUGCUGGCGACGAAACGUGCUUCCGUAGCACUUGUGUACUUUUCUAUCGGUUCUGUUCAUUGCACCUCUCAUAUCUUCUCCAAGAAAACAAUUGUAUAUUACUAUGUUGAAAAUAAACAACUAAAAACAUCAUGCUUGUAUUGUUUUUUCUUUGAUUUGAAACAAGGUCAUACUGUAUAAUAUAUAGUUGUAUAUCAUUUGAACUACAUCAAUCUAGAUGUAGUUGACAUCUCGAAAGGAUAACCAUAAAAUAAAUGAAAUUAUGACCUGUUUCAUCAACAAUUCUCUCAGUAAUCUAGCACUCUGACCGUUAUACAAACAGUUAUGUGAUAUAGUAUCAUGUAUAAAUUGAGGGUGGUCAACCUUUCGUGAUUUAUUAUCUAAUAUAUACAGAAAGUACAUCUUUCAAUGAGAAAUCGACAAUUAUAAAUAUCAUUUGUUACUGAUUUUACAAGAUAAUUUUGAUUCUAUUUUUUGUUGGUCGAAGUUCUAUGUACCAUGUCAAACUUUAUUUCAAUUUUUCCUUCUAUGACACAAAUAAAACUGUGACCAUAAUGCGAAAUCUCACGUGAACUUUUAACUAACGUUGUUAUAAUCUGAAAAUUAUUUUCUGAAAAAUGGAUGGAAUACUGAAUGCAAAUUACAAAUCUCAAGCAAAACUGAGUUUGAUUGAUAAAAAAAAACACGAGAUGUUACCCCCAAAAAAACAUGAAAUGUUAAUGUCAGAUGCAUUUCUAUUAGAAUCUGAAUAUUAACACUUUAGUACCUUGAUUAAUCCCUAUAUAUAUAUAUAUCAGUUUAUCAAAACCUAACCCAAACAAAACUUAAUUAACAUAGAACAUAUAUUUAUUAAUCGUUCUCAUAUAAAUGUAAAUUAUUCAUGCAUUAGUAAUAUCACCUUCACAAUGUUUAUCAAUUUGACAAAGCUCAAAGGAUUAAUAGAUACUUGGUGUAUUUUUAUGCUGUUAAAAUAAUCAUAUAUACGUCUGUUUUCCAUUGAUAAAAUAAACUUAUGCAGUUCUGUAAGAAAAUCAUAGACCUCAAUCAUAUACGCUAAAAUGUAUUGGUGCAACACGACAAAUUGUUAAAAUUCUAGUCUUCCGGAUUAGAAGGGAGAAUUUUUUGUUAACGAAAAAAAGAAGAGACAACUUUUUAUGAAUCUAAUGAUCCUUUAGUUGAAGAAUUAAAAAUCUUAUUUAUUAAGGUCUUCUUUUUGUUCUAAAACAACUUCUUUUCUAUUAAAAAUGCAUUCAUGGAAUUCACAAAGAAAAAACAAAUACAGAAGAACUAGUCAAAUGUCCGUUUCUCGAUAUUUAGAGGCAACAACCACAUAAAUUGAAUAUAAUAUAUAUGAUAAAUACAAUAUAACAUGUAAAAUAUCAGAAAUACUUAACUGUUUAUGAAAAAUUUAAUUUACAAGAGCCUGUAACUACUAUACCUACAGUACUAUUGAUUAAAACAUGAAAAAAAAAUACUAGAUACUAUCAAUCGGCUAACACACAAGGAGAAACUCUGUGAGAUGGAAAACCUUUACUAAACCUGUUGUAGUAUUGAUUAAAACAUGACAAAUUUACUUUUUGUUUAAAUUUUUAUUUUUAUAAAAUGACUAUUUUGUGAUUUUUUAUAAAACAACUAUUUUUUCUAAAUCAAUGUUGUUGUACACAUGGUAUUUAUGUCAAAAAAAUAAUUGAUGUUUUUUUCACGUCAGAAAAUUAGAUGAUAAGAUAACUGAUGUGCCAAUUGGGAUAUGAUUUCACAAAAAAUUAAGAAAAGUAUAUGAUAUUUAAUCUUUUCAAAUUUUAAAUAUGUAUUUGUGCGGUAGUAUCCUAAUGUAUAAAUUGACCAUGCAACGAUAUUUUGGACAUGAUUUUGCCUUUUCCAAAUCAUAUAUUUGAGUUUUUAUUAUUAAGAAGAUAGUAGACCUCAUAUAUUCAUACAACCAUUUGUUUGUUUUCUUACACAGUGACACAUAUUAAAAAUAUAAAUAUAUAGUUACAUAAAUUAAUCUUUACCUUUUGUAGAAAAUUAUGUUUUAUUCUUUACAUGUAUAAAAAGAAAUCAAACUAAAAAUGCUAAACUAUCUUUAUAGAAUUGAAAAUUGACAAAUAUUUUAAAUUAUUUAAUAAAUGUCUCAAAUUUAGUAGUUUGAAAUAUUAAUAAAGUAAAAUAUAUGUAUGACAAUAAAUAUACAAAUUUAGUCACUGCUGGCAACUUUUAUUUUCCUUUUUCCUACUUUGCCAGCCUUUUUCUCUUCAUUUUGUUUUGGUUAUACCAGCACAAAGAGAAAAAAAAAAGUAUUAUAUAGUAAUAAAAAUCUGGAUAAAAGAAUAUACAAAUCAUAUACAAUUAAUUAAUCAAAUUUUAGAGUUUGUAUAACUAUUCCAAGUAUGCAUUAUUAUUAAAAAAUAUUCUGGACAUAAAUAUUCGCAUUGUCUGCCUACCAAGAAAUGAAAAAUAAAUAUUUAAUUAUAUUUUAUAAAAUAAAUAUUUUAAAGAAAAUAUAAAUGAAUUCUUUAAUUAUUACAUACUUCAAAUAAAAAUGUGUAAUGAAGGUAAUUGUACAAAAACAUUAUAUGAAAGUUAAGUAUACACAACUUUAGUUUUGUAAACUCUUACAAAAGGAUGCCGUUUGUUUUAUUCUCUUUAUGUUAUUUUUAAUAAUAUUCUAUUUGAAUUACUUUAUUUUAUUAAGUUUAUACAAGUUAAAUUUUCCAAGCAAAACUUCCAUAAUAAUUAGAUGGUCUAUAGAUUAUUUUUUUUUAAAAAAAAUAAGUCUCCAUCCAAUCUUUGCUUUAAAAAUAUAUUUAUUUUGAAUUUUACGAUCGUUCUAUGUUUUUCAGUGGUAUGUUGACGGUGAUUCAAAAAUACAAACUCUUUUUAUUCUAUGUAUAGUAGUUUUCUUUUGUUGUUAGAGUUGUAUUUCCACCUUAUAAAACCGUUCAGUUAAAUUUGGUAUAUUUGUCUUAUUUAUCUAUAUUAUAAUACGUUGCUUAUAACAAUUAUGUAAGUGAAAAUUUCUAUGAAUAUUAACGUAUACUAAAAAAUAAUAUGAAAAUACUCGCAAUUCGCAUUUGUAAAUUUUUAUCUAUACGUACGCUAUGCAAUAUUUUUUUAAAAAGUGCGAUAUAUUUAUUUAAGAAAAGUUAUUUUUAACUAUUUUUAAUUAAUGUUUUAAAAGACAUUGCACAUGGUACUAUUUCAAUACUUAAAAUGUAUGUAUAAGUUAGUAUUAUGAUAUAUAAAUUGAACAUAUGGCUGAACAUGAUUUUGCUUCAUAUAUUUUAGUUUUUAUUCUUUAAAGAAUAAUAAACCUCAUAUAUUCUUUCAAACAUUUAUUUGUUUUCUCACACAGUGAAACAUAUUAAAAUAUAAAUAGAUAGUUAUAUGCAUAAAUACAUCUUUUACUUUUUGUAGAAAAUUAUGUUUUAUGCUUUACAUGUAUAAAAAGGAAUCAAGCUGGAAAUCUGAACUUGUCUUUAUAGAAUUGAAAUUGGCUAGUAUUUUAAAUUAUUUAACAAAUUUCUCAAAUAUUGGUUGUUUUUGAAAUCCUAAUAAAGUAAAAUAUAUGUAUGAGAAUAAAUGUAUAAAUUUACUCACUGCUGGCAAAUUUUAUUUUCCUUUUGUCCUACUCUGCCAGCCUUUUUGUUUUUGUUUUUUUUGUUAUACCAGCAAAAGAGGAAAAAGUAUUAUAUAGUAAUAAAAAUUUGAUAAAAGAUAUCCAAAUCAUAUACAAUUCAUUGAUGAAAUUUUAGAGUUUGUAAAACUAUUUACAGUAUGUAUUAAUAUUAAAAAUUAUACUGGACAUAAAAAUCUGUAUUGUAUGUCUACAAGAAAUCAAAAAUAAUAUUUACAAAUAUUUUAAAAUAAAUAGUUUAUAAAAAAUAUAAAUGAAUUCUUUUAUUAUUACUUCAAAUCCAGUUAGUAAUGAAUGUCAUUGUAUAAAAAAAUAUAUGAAAUUUAAGUAUAGACAGCUUAAAUUUUGUAAACUCGUAUGAAUGCCGUUUAUUUUAUUCUCUCUAUGUUAUUUUAUAAUAUUUUAUUUAAAUUGGUCUAUUUUAUUAAAAUUAAUAUGAAAUUUAAUGAUUUUACCUAAACAAAACUUCGAUGAUAAUUAGAUGGUUUAGAGAUUUUUUUUUAAAUUAAGUGUCCAUGCAUUCUUUGCAUUAAAACACACACUUUUUAAAUUCUGCGAACAUUCUAUGUUUUCCUUGGUGUGGUUGACAGUACUAUAAAUGACAAACUCAUUUUAUUCUUUUUUAACCGGCAAUUUUCCUUUGUUAUUAGAAUUGUACAUCCGUAUUGUAAAACCGUUCAAUUAAACUGGGUAUAUCCGUUUUAUUUAUAAUAAGUUGCUUAUAACAAUCUUAUAAAUAGAAAAUUAUAUAAAUCUUAACAUUUAUACCAAAAACAUAUGCGAACAUCCGUAAUUUGCAUUUUUUAAUUGUUAUGUGUUCAGACGCUACACAAUUUUAGAAAUGCAAUAUAUAUUUAUCUAAGAAAUUUUAUUUUUAAUUAUUCUAUAAUUAUUAUUAUAAAACACAUUGCACAUGGUAAUAUUUCACAGAGGAAAAAAACUAUUAAUUUUUUCUCCUUUUAAAAUGAUAUCAACAUUUUAUAUCCUUUAUAUAAGAAUAUAUGUUUUUGUUUUACAAAAUAUCAUUUAAACAUUUUCAAUAUUAUACCAGUAAAACUACUGCUAUUUAAUUUUUAAAAAUAUUUCUAGUUAAACGUCACUAAAUUCGUAAUGCAAAUCUUUUUAAAUUGUUCACAUUUAUUUAAGUAAUUAUUGGCACCUUUGAAAACGAUAUCUACAUUUGAUUUUUUUGACCAUAUCUACAUUCGAUUUGCUACUUGAUUAUUUUAGUAGACAGAUAUUAUCAUCUUGAGCAUAAGAAGUGGUGAAAAUAAUUUCAAAAAAAAAUUAGGUGAAAAUAAUUAUUUUAUGGACAUGUUAAUAUUUCUUCAGAAAAAAAAAACAAUUUUGCUUAAAUAAAUAUAUGAACUAUAGAUGGAAGGAAACCCAAAGAAAAUAAAUGUGAAAUCUUUUCUAUAUUCUUCCAACAAAUUUGGUGCCGUUUAGAAUGAUUCUUAGUGCCACCCUUUCACAAGCUUUAAUUUAAUACUCACUAUAUAAAGAUACACACAUACAUACAUGCAUCUAUCUCUUCUGUCUCUCUCUCUUGUGUCUAGUGGCUUCUUUGGUUUGAAUUUAGAAGCCGAAGCAACAAGAAUUUCCGAGGUAAACUAUAUUCUUCCUUCGGUUCUGUUUUUUUUCUCUCCUCAUUGUGUAUUGUUUGGUCUGCUUGUCAUUUACCAAUCUAUCAGUAUUUCCUAUUGCAUGAUCAAUUAUUUCUGUAGUAAAAACUACUGAACUGAGUUUAUGUCCGGGGAAAAUGUGUUAACCACUUCAAAAAUCGAUGCUUUAACGUGAUAUUCAUUACUUUAUAUAUAGACCAUGACUCUCGUCUUAUGUGUUUUUGAUUAAUCUCUUAGUAGUUUUUAUAUUGCGGGGUCCAUUAUUGAUUAAAAUUGGGAUCUCUAAAGCUUUGUAUUCUUAUCAAUCUUAGUUCACAUGUUUGAUCUCCAUAUUUCACUAGAAAUCUCUGAUUUGUUUUAUGUCUGGUUACUAAGAGUUUUGAUUGACAUGAUGCAAUUUUAUAAUUGAAGUGAAGCAAUUAAUUUGAUGACAUUCUUUUACAGGGUGAUAUCAUUAUCUCUCCUAUUGAAAAUGUUCAACAACAAUACAGAGAUGUUCUCCGGUUUAGUAUCUAACCCGGAGCGAGAUGUCGGUCCUGCUUCCCUAACCGCUGUGUGUGACGACCUGACUAAUCAAGAUAUCGAAAUAGAGGAGCUUGAGAGGAAGAUCUGGAAAGACAAGCAACGUUUAAAGCAGCUCAAGGAGAUGUCCAAGAACGGGUCAGGUAAAAGAUUGUUGAAGCAUCCUGAGGAUUCGACUAAGAGAAUGAUGUACCAGGCACAGGAUGGGAUCUUGAAGUACAUGUCUAAGGCAAUGGAGCGUUGCAAAGCUCAAGGUUUCGUCUACGGUAUCGUGUUUGAGAACGGGAAAACCGUAACGGGGUCUUCUGAUAACCUCCGUGAAUGGUGGAAAGACAGGGUGAGGUUUGAUAGGAACGGACCAGGUGCUAUCUUGAGGCACCAAAGGCAGAUCAAUCUUUCAGCUGAUGGAAGUGAGUUAGGGGGGUCUGAGGGUGGGGAGUGUACCGCGCAUAAGUUGCUUGAGCUGCAAGAUACAACUCUUGGAGCUCUUUUAUCCGCUUUGAUGCCUAAUUGCACGCCUCCUCAGAGACGUUAUCCUCUGGAGAGAGGUCUGUCUCCACCUUGGUGGCCAACGGGAAAAGAAGACUGGUGGAAUGAUUUGUCUUUACCGGAAGAUUGUAGAGGACUUCCUCCUCCUUACAAGAAGCCUCAUGAUCUCAAGAAGGUGUGGAAAGUUGGUGUGUUGAUUUCUAUAAUCAGACACAUGGCUUCAGAGAUUGACAACAUACCUAAGCUGGUGAGACGGUCUAGAAGCUUGCAAGAGAAGAUGACUUCAAGAGAAGGGUCCUUAUGGCUAGCUGCUCUUAAUCAAGAGAAGAGCAAUGUUGAUCAAACUCAGUACAACCCUUUAGCCUUCUCCGGAGAAAGCAAUGCUAAUGCUCUAGGAGCCAGUGGCGAGACCGAUGUUUUGUUUCAAGAAUCUGGAGAUUAUAAUGUUGAAGCAGCUUAUGGAUCUCCUCAGCAUGUUCCUGAAGUUGCCAACAACUUUAAUUAUGUUAACAACAAGAGGAAGUUUGAAGGAGAGUUAGGGUUAUCAUUUCACCAAACAAGAAACCUAACUUGUGAGAACAGUUACUGUCCUUAUAGCCAACCGCAUAUGGGAUUCAAUGACAGGGUCUUAAGAGAUAGUCACCAAAUGACUUGUCCUUAUAAAACCCUUUCCUAUUACCAACCCGCUAAACCUUUAGGUAUGCCCUUAAGUUUCAUGACUCCCUAUCAAGUGGAAAUGCAACAGCAACAGCAGCAAGAGCAGUUUAAUCUAUCAAACACUCUCUACAGACCAAAAGCAGUAGAAAGAGGAGGUAACAACGACUAUCUCUCUGACCACCGGUUUGGUUUGGUUGACAAUUCGAGUCCUUCUACUUCGGCCAUGAAUCAUAAUCCUGGUUUAGUCUUACCUGUUAACUUCAAUGGCAACGAGGAAACAGUGGGGAUGGAGAACAAUCAGCAUAAUCAAGAGGGAGGCUUGCCCAUGCCAUGGAUUGAGUGAAGAAAGCUUUCAUGAGUUUUCUUGUUCUGUUUCUUAUAGCUUUGUUUCUUGUUUU